AUACGUCACACUAAUGGCGGACGGUGUAAACAGAGACGGCGACGUCGCAGAGGCUGAAGUGAAACAGCGUUUCUAACCAUGAAUAACGUGGAGUGUGAGCGUUUGGACAGCUUGGACGGGUGGGUCGCUGUGAAAAGUAACAUAUUUGAGGAACAUGAAACGUUUAAGCUGGGUUUUAUCGUGCAGUGGAAUGUCAUCGAGUCUAAGUUUGCUGUCACCUGUCACAACCGGACGUUACAGCGGCAGAAACGCAAAGAGCAAGUUGUUGUCGGCGACACUCAGAUGAGCUGGGCUGGACUCUUCUCUGUCAGCGACUUAAAACACAUCCACCAGCAGCUCACCUGCGUCGCCGACGUAUUAGGAACAUAUCUUCCCGAUUUAUCAGACUUUGAAGAAGGAAACAUAUGGGACUUGAUAUUCCCCAACCGGAGGUCGAGUCCAGACGAUGACGAGCGGGAUUUUGACACCUCUUGUCGAAAACUGGAGAAAUACUUUAGCACGGCCAUCGAUAUAUGUGGGCGCAAAAUAGUGCUGGAUACAUUGUUUUCCCAGGAUGAGCGGGACGUCGAGGAGUACUUUGAAAACCUCCAGGAGUUCAAACGGAAGGCCAUGCAGGAUGAGAUGUCAAGGGCCAAGGGUCACCUGCGACAGCUGCUGCAGAGCCAUGGCGAUGCUGACAGAAUGGUUCUGCUGCUCAGCAUCUACCAGGAAGAAGACCAGGCCUACCAGGACCUGGUCACAGUGGCAACCGCCUUCUUCCAGUACCUGCUCCAGCCGUUCAGAGACAUGAGAGAGCUGGCCUGCCUCUACAAGAUGGAGAUUUUGAAGUCUUUGGAGGAUGAGGACUUUGGUCCUAAGAGAAUUGCAGCUCUGGAGAAGGAGGCAGAAGAGUGGAGGAGAAGAGCCGAGGAUGCAGUCGCCUCGAUUCAGGACAUCACUGUCACCUACUUUGUACAGACAUCAAAGGCUCUGGCUGGUAUGGUCAAGCAGAUGGAGGAGGAUAAAUGUCGCUUUGGAGCUGCUGCUUGGGCAUCUGCUGCUCCCAGGCUGGAGAAACUACGCUUCCUGUUGGCCAAAGAAACCCUGCAGCACAUGAGAGCCACCGAGAUGUGCCUCAAACGCAAGAAGGAUGGCAUCAAAGAGAGGAUGAGCGGUCUGUCUGGCCAAAGCCCAGGACAGAGACCCAUUUCUGGGUCGGCACCCAAGAAUGGCCAGCAGCAGGACACGGUGGACCAGCUGGAGCUGCAGUUCUACGAGGCCCAGCUGGAACUCUAUGAUGUCAAGUUUGAGAUCCUGAAGAAUGAGGAGCAGCUGCUUGUGGCUCAGAUAGACACUGUGCGGAGGCAGAUUAAAGAAUUGAAGGAGGAGGUGGUGUAUUAUGAUGUGUGUGAGGAUCCCGAGGAGCUGCAGAGCCUCCACACAGGUACUCAGCAGGCAGACCCUCCGACUGUCAAUCAGCUGAGACGACGUCUCCAGACCCUGGAGACCAAGAGAGGCAACAUCUGUGCCCAGAGAGCUUUUCUCCGCAACAAGAAGGAUCAGUGCAUGGAGGCCCAUGAGCAGAAGCAGCGUGCAGCCGAGCACAUCUCCAUACAGUUCACCCAGCACCACCAAGUCCACCUGAAACGAGAAAAGAAGAAAGAGGAGGAGCAGAGGAGGAAGGAGUGGGUGGACCAGGAGAGAGCCAAGACCCUGAGCAGAUUACGAUCCUUCAGAGAGAAACGACAUGGCCAGUACAUCCUGAAGACUCCUCAGUCCAAGAUGUUUUCAUCAGACUUGCCCAACUCCUCCCAGCCCCUGUCUAUCAUCAGCCUCGAUCCUUCUCUCUCCAUCGACCGAUCCUCUGCUCAUCCCGCGCCCAACGCCAGGAAAACAACCAAGAAACAGCAGUCCCGUCCACCCCAAAACAUUCCUGUCCAAAUCUACGCCCCACCAACGCCACAGACAGCCAACCCGACUGCAGCCGCACCAUCGCCCCCUCCUCCUCCCCCACCGCCACCGCCACCGCCACCACCACCACCACCACCUCUGCCUCCUGCUCUAGCUGCUCCACACGUUGCUGCUCCACCUCCCUCCCAGGACACACCAAUGCCCCUCACUGAGAAAGAGGAAGCCUUUUUCCCGGCCAAGAAAACUCUCAAGCAAAACAUAGGAACAAUGGACGAAGUCUUGGCCUCCUUGCAGCGCGGUCAGAUCCAGCUCCGAAAGGUGCCUGCCCCGGGGACAGCGCCCUCUGCAGGGGACCUGAGGAGCAACCUGAUGACUGCCAUUCGACAGGGAGUUACCCUAAAGAAGGUUCCUGAGCGAGCAGAAGUCCAGAACAGCAGAGACAACGAGCUGGAGCGCAGCAUCAAGGCUGCGAUGCAGAGGAUGAAGAAGGUCUCCGCCGACUCUGACGACGAGGCAACAGGAGAAGACGAGACACAGUCGACAGAUUGGGACAGCUGAGAAUACUCACACCAACGCACUCACACACACACACUAAUGAAGAUGCUCUCUUUAAUCACCCCUGCUCCAAUUUUGUUUUCUCCACGAUACUAAGCUACAGCAUAUGUUGCUGCCACAUUUCCACCAAAACAGGCUCUUCCUUUGACAAGGCUGGGAUUAUGUCUCCUUUAAAUGCGACCCCGCUGGUUGCCGAGCAUGUCACCCACUUAUCUCAUCAUUUUCAAAAUAAUCCCAAGGUGACAGUAACGCCACCAAAAACUGCUUGAAUCAAAAUAAUCAGCAAAUGGUAAAGUCAGUUUGGUCUCCUCCGUGGAGCUGCUUUGCUGAAAUCCCGAGCUGAGUGAGCGAAUGAGGUGCUGAAAUUUAACCCUAAUCUAGAACAAGAGUGAAACAUUAAUAUAAUUGAAUGAUUGAAUUGCUCAAAUCUCUGUUGGUAUUAUCAAGGCUUUUGGUGAGCCAGACAUUCACACAGCAAGGGAAGCAGAGAAAACCCUGUGCCUGAAGCUGAGACAACACCCAGCAGACAUAAUGCACAUCAGCUUGGACACUGCAGUAGACUUUAACUUGAUUGUACCGUUAUAAGGGCUCCUACAAAUCAUGAGCGUGGCUUUUGUAUUUUUUUCCACUAACCCAAGAAAGUUAAUAAUCAUGUAUCAAAGGUAGCAUUCAUUACAAUCUACAUUUGUCAUUGAAUUAUCGACUUUCUUAUGUCCUGUCCCUGUUCAUUUUGAAAUUGGUGAAUGUCUUUCUUCAUGAAUAACAUGGACAUGGGUUCUUUUAAGGUGCAAUUAUUACAUGAUCGUAUGUUUUUUUGUUCUAUGAUGCCAUAACAAGCAAGGCUUGAAUGUUGGAUUAAUUUGCCUUUUGUUUUUAGCACUGUCCAUGUGAAUGCAUAAAAAUUCACACCAGUUGGCUCACCGUUUCCUGUUCAGAUCCCCAGAAAAGCUUUAGAUGGGCAGGUUGACCGGUCACGUACAAAGUUAAGGACAAAUUGUGUACUUAUGACCUUUGAACUUGUGACUCAGAGCACUUGAUGUACUCAGACCUGCUAAGGAUAUGAAGUACAAUGAAGCACUGGUCUUUAUUCUGUAUCGGUUUCAUUAUUUUGCUUAAGUGUCUAGAGGAUUAUUUUGAAUGGCAAACAACAUUAAAGUGUUUGUAGAUCAAGA